AUGGCCAAAGAUAAGCGCUCCAAGGCGCCCGCCCCCCCUCCCUCAUCAGCCACUCCUUCAACCAACAAAGCAACACCGCCCUCGUGGCCGCCAUUCAAGCCCUCUCUGCCCGUCGUGGAGCUCGCACUCGAACCCGUGGUUCCGGACAAGGUAGUCGUCUUGCGAUCCUUCUUCCCGCGCUCGCUAUGCAGGGAUUACGUCUCCUUCCUCCGAGACCUGCCACUCGCCACGACCCCGGGCAAGCCCAAGCGCGGCGAGGCCAUGAGGGUCAAUGACCGGUUUCAGAUCGACGACGCCUCGUUCGCCCACCGGCUGUGGACCGAGACGGGGCUCAAAGAGGCUGUUACGGGCAAAGAUGUUGCUCACCUGUGGGGCGGCGAGGUGGUCGGGCUGAACGCAAACAUCCGCAUCUACCGCUACCGCGCUGGCCAGUUCUUUGACGCGCACUACGACGACUCCAACAACGUGACCGUCAAGACAGAGACCGGCGCCCAACUCCCGGCCAGAACCACCUGGACACUGCUUCUCUACCUUACUUCGUCGGCCGACGGCUGCAUCGGCGGCGAAACAGUCUUCUACCCCUUCGACCGGCGCUCCCCCAAGGACGAGGUCGCCGUGAGCCUCGAGACGGGCAUGUUGCUGCUGCACAAGCAUGGCCAUGACUGCAUGCUGCACGAGGGUAGGGAAGUGACGGCGGGUGAAAAAUGGGUUAUUAGGACCGAUCUGUGCAUCAGGAGGUGA